AUGUGGUGUCGUCACGUGAAUUGGCCGGUCGGUCUGGUGACUGGGCCCGGGGGGCAGAGGCAAAGGGCAGAAGAAGAGAGAGGCUCUCGAGAGGCCAAUAGGGCGGCCGGCCGACUGGUACAUGAGGAGCCACGUGGCGGCGUGCCGACCGAUACCUUUUUCGGCGUCAGCCGCAGUGCAAUGGAAAGUAUCGUGGGGCCUAAGCUCUGGAGACGUCUCGUCCAGGAAGCGAGGCAGCAACAAGCGAGCAGGAGGCUGGCGGCAGCCACAACUCCUUCCGAGUCACAGCAACAAGACCGCCCUGAUCCCAUUUUUUGCUUUGUGUGUGUGCGUCCGUUUGCGUAUGCAUGCUUGUGCUUGUGGCAGCCCGCUCAAAUCCCAUUUGUUGGUGUGUUUGUGCAUUCUGCAAAUCCGCUAUGA